UCGGUGCCCUCCUGCGGGCGCUCGGUGGAGGAGCUCGGCCGCCGACUCAAAAGAGCUGUGUCUGAACACCAGCUUCUCCAUGACAAGGGGAAGUCCAUCCAAGAUUUACGGCGACGAUUCUUCCUUCACCAUCUGAUUGCGGAAAUCCACACAGCUGAAAUCAGAGCUACCUCGGAGGUGUCCCCCAACUCCAAGCCUGUUCCCAACACCAAGAACCACCCCGUCCGAUUUGGGUCUGACGAUGAGGGCAGAUACUUGACUCAGGAAACCAACAAGGUGGAGACGUACAAAGAGCAGCCACUGAAGACACCCGGCAAGAAAAAGAAAAGCAAGCCUGGAAAACGCAAGGAGCAGGAAAAGAAGAAGCGGCGAACUCGAUCGGCCUGGCUGAACUCGGGCGUGGCUGGGUGUUGGCUGGAAGGGGACCACCUGUCCGACAUCUCCGCGACAUCGCUGGAGCUCAAUUCACGUACAGCCCUUCUGUGGGGUUUAAAGAAAGAGGAAAGCAACACAAGAAUGCAUCAAAUGCAGUAA